AUGUAUAGAUUCGAAAUGUUUCUGAGUAAUUAAUUAAUCUUAUUGAGAGGAUUUCAAUACAUGUUAAUAUUCAAGCAAAAGUAAAUGGUCCUGAAUUUAUUAUUGAUGGACAAAUACUAAAAUGGCAAUUUUCAAAAAUUACUAAAGAUAUUUUAAUUAAUCAUUUUGAUAUAGAAAAGAUUUAUUAGAUGGAUUGAUUGA